AUGGACGAGGCUGACCGGCGGCUCCUGCGGCGGUGCCGGGUACAGCUGGUCGGUGAGCUGCAGGUUGCCUCGCUUUGGGACGCUCUGCUGAACCGCGAACUCUUCACUCCCGACAUGAUCGAGGACAUUAAGAGGGCGGGCUCAGGAUCUCGGCGUGAUCAGGCCAGGCAGCUGAUCAUAGAUCUAGAGACUCGAGGGAGUCAGGCCCUUCCUUUGUUCAUCUCCUGCUUGGAGGACACAGGCCAGGACACUCUGGCUUCAUUAUUGAAGACCAAUAGACAAGCAGCAAAACAGGAUGUAGAGGCCAUCAGACCCCUGGAUCUCAAACCGGUGGUGCUUGGACCAGAGGGCCUCAAACCAGAGAAGCUGAGAGUGGUGAAACAGGACCCAUCAAAGCUGAGCCAAGGAAAACUCGCUCCAGUGGUGCUGGGACCAGAGGAGCUCUGGCCAGCCAAACUCAGGCCUGAGGUUCUCAGACCAGAGGUACCCAGGCCAGUGGACAUUGGUUCUGGAGGAUUCACUGAUGUCUGUACUCAGGACAGAGCCAAGGGAAAUGUCGAUCUGGCUUACGUCCUGAACGCAGACCCCUGUGGCUACUGCCUGAUCAUCAACAACGUGAACUUCUGCCACGAGUCGGGGCUCAGGACCCGCACAGGCUCCAGCAUAGACUGUGAGAGGAUGCAGCGACGCUUCCACCUGCUGCAGUUUGCAGUGGAGGUGAAAUGUGACCUGACUGCCAAGCAAAUGGUACAGGCUUUGAUGGAACUGGCACGGCGGGACCACGAUGCUCUGGACUGCUGCGUGGUGGUCAUCCUGUCUCACGGCUGUCAGGCCAGCCACCUCCAGUUCCCAGGGGCUGUUUAUGGCACAGAUGGAUGUCCUGUGUCUGUCGAGAGAAUUGUGAACACCUUCAAUGGAACUGGCUGCCCCAGCUUGGGAGGGAAGCCCAAGCUCUUCUUCAUCCAGGCCUGUGGUGGAGAGCAGAAGGACCACGGGUUUGAGGUGGCCUCCACUUCCCCUGAAGAUAAGACCCCCAGUAGCGACCCUGAGACGGAUGCUACCCCAUUCCAGGAAGGCCCACGUUCCAUCGACCAGCCGGAUGCCGUGUCUAGUUUGCCCACGUCCAGCGAUAUCUUAGUGUCCUACUCCACCUUCCCAGGCUUUGUCUCCUGGAGGGAUCCCAAGAGCGGCUCCUGGUACAUCGAGACCCUGGACAGCGUUUUUGAGCAGUGGGCUCACUGUGAAGACCUUCAGACCCUCCUCCUCAGGGUCGCUAAUGCUGUUUCAGUGAAAGGAACUUACAAACAGAUCCCUGGCUGUUUUAAUUUUCUCCGGAAAAAACUUUUCUUUAAAACAUAA